CAGCUGUGACAAGUGUCAUGGCUAAGGCGCGCGAACAGCGAACAAAUUAAUAUUUCAACAACCAUGUUUAUGUCGUCGUGUCAUUAACAUGUUUAAAAGAAUCAAUCACUGUUAUUAUCCGUACCAUUCCAUAAUAUUUUUUAGAACUUUUACGUAAAGAUAAAACAAAAAUAUGAAGGAAUUAACAAUUGAUGAUGUUUAUGAUUCUAUUGGCCACUUGGGUUUUGGCCAGGCUUUAUACAUGUUGAUUGUUUGUUCAUUAGGAAUUUUAUCUCCUUUCCACAUGGUCUUGAACAUUUUUACAGGUUUGGAACCUGACUUUGACUGCAUACCGGGAUCAAGUUUGAACUCCAAUGAUGUUUCAAAUUCAACAUCAAGCCAAGGUGUCAAGAUAAACAGUCCUGAAAUAAAUAAUGGCUUCAUCACAAUUCUCUCCUCUACUGCUUCUCCAAUGGACAGCAAGGCUAUUGCUGAAAGAGCUCUGCUUGCAAAUCACUCUUUUAAUAUUACACCUAAUGAUGAACACAAGUCUGAAAUAACACCAAAAAGACCUCACACUACAAAUGCACCUAAAGUAACUUCAACUUACUCAAUUCUUCAUGACCGAUGUCCUGACAAUGACCCUGCACAGUGUGUGUUGUUGUAUCAAAGCUCAUUCAAGUCUUUUGCUCAAGAGUGGGGCCUGGUGUGCAACAAGAAGUAUGCUGUAGCGCUAGUGCAGUCCAUGUGGAUGGGGGGUGUCCUAGCGGGUGCACUGCUACUGGCUGGCCUUCCUGACAUCUAUGGGAGGUUCAACACCCUCAUCCUGGCUCUCAUCGGCACAACAGCUCUGACGGGACUAUCAAGCUUUGUUCAGCUCUACACAGUCUAUGUGAUGCUUAGGUUUUUAGGAGGCAUGUUGUUUGCUAUUGUGAUAUUGGCGAGCUUCGUGUUUUCUCAAGAAAUUGUUGGCGGGAGCAAGAGAAGCCUGGUGGGGAUGCUGCAGACCCUGGCAUUUGCCCUGGGCAUCGCCCUGCUGCCCCUGGUUGCCUCCUUCACUUCAGACUGGCGCACCCUGACGCUGCUGGCCUCUAGUCUCGGCGUCCCUGUCAUCCUUAUGCUCUUUUGUCUGCCGGAGUCGCCGCGUUGGCUGGUGAGUUGUGACCGCACGAGCGACGCCCAGGCGGUGCUGGAGAGCAUGGCACGCCUCAACGGCACGCAGGACCGCCUCCCGCCACAGUGGCGCCUCGUUGCCGACUGCCACAAGACUAGCAUGCCUCAAGCGCAACCGACAAAGAAGCGCAGCAUUCGUAAGUUUAUUGGCAAACUGGAGCAGAAAGGUGCUAGGCUCCUAAACCUGGAGGAGAAAAGAGUCGGGCUCCGUGCCCUGGUGCAACACGGCUACAUUGUGCGCAUCGUGGUCGUGCAGAUCUACUCGUGGUUCGUGAACAGCGCCGUGUACUACGGCCUCACGCUCGCAGCCAGCGACAUCGGCAGCAACGUAUACGUGUCCACGGCGCUCAGCGGCCUCGUCGAGGUGCCUGCUGUGAUCGUGGCACUCCCACUCAUUGAGAGGAUUGGACGGAGAGCCACGCUGGUGAGCUCCAUGGUGUGUGGGGGCGUGUCGUGCCUGCUGAUGUUGCUAUGCCGGGCAGGCAGCGUCCCUUACAUGGUCCUGGCGCUCCUCGGCAAGCUCUGCAUCGCGGCCAGCUUUAGCAUUGCCUACAUACACAGUGGAGAAAUUUUCCCAACAUGUGUCCGCAACACCGGCCUGGGCAUCGUGUCGGUGGCUGCUCGCGUUGGUGGCAUCAUCUGCCCCUUCCUGCUCAUGCUGGGCGGCUUGUUUCCUGACCUUCAGUACAUCGUUCUCGGUCUCCUGGGGCUCACGUCCGGGCUGCUGAAUCUGCUGCUACCAGAAACUCUUGGUCGCACCAUGCCAGAGACCGUUCAGGACGUCUUGGAUCUCCGAUACGAGGCCAACUUGGACGCAAAUGCGAGUAAAUUGAGGUACUGCAAACUCGGUGAGGACCCCAGUUCGGAGAACGAGUCUGAUGAAGAGGUUGUGGAACUUGACCGCAUCGGACGGAAGUGAGACGUUAUAUCCAAGAGAACUUGGUGGGAAUUGUGGCCAUCUUGUGUCGUUACGAGUUUGUAACUCCAUCAGUCAAUCAAUGACAAAACCUAUAGCUAAACCCAGCAAUCACAUACGAGAAAUUGGCCGCUGCGUGUAUUUACGUAGGUUUGAAUAAAACUGAGGUGACAACGAAACUCCCAAGUUUGUUUCCAGCCGUUAUAGCCUGUAAAAAAUACAUUUAUCAUGAAACGCUUUGCAUUCUGUACUGAAUAUUCGGCAACGAAGGAAAGAAAAAAUGUACCUAUAACAAACGAACGCAAAGCAGUUUGAAAAUUAUGUCAACUAACAAGCUAACAUUACCCACUGUUAACUAGUUAAUUGACAUAGUGUCGCCUGGCUCGCGCUGUUCCUGCUAAAACGUGUCGAAAUUACAAGAUUGGGAUACAAUGAUUUUGAGGCAGGAGGAAUCUCGUACUAAACUUCUAUGCUCAUAUUUCAAUGCCUAUUGUUGCCGACUUUAUUUCCAUCUAUGGUAAUUGUUUAGAAUUUUUAUUUGGUUAUUUUCUGUGUUUUUUGUGUGAGAUUUUGCUUGUUAAAGUUGUUAGCCAAUGCCAGUUUGUACUAAAGGUUGAUUUAUGCUACAUUCAAGGAUUUCUCUUGGUCGGCUGGUGUUCGACUGCACAGUAUAUUUCUACAAGUUAUUUAUGUAGGAGCCGUAUAGUUUGUUUUAACCCUCAACUCUAAACCGAUAAGGUGCAUUAAUAGGUUGCGGUGCAUGUCAUAUAUUUAAAUUAUCAAAAAAUCUGCAAUUUAAUAUCAAUGCAUAA